AUGGCCGGCUCCUCCAAGCCGCUGGAGAAGCGACAAGCUUCUCUGACGAGUUUCUUCACUCAAAAGACCGUCAAUGGCUUGUCCAGAUCUCUACCAGAUCCCGAGGAGCAGAGCUCCAGUGGUGCUGGUAGCAACGACCGUGGAAGCUCAUCGGCCCGCAAGCGACCUCUUGAAGCAGAUACUGACAACGGCAACACUGGCCCUGACCGGUCGAUAAAGCGUUCAAAAGCCGAUGGUCCGAGUGCAGAACGGAGUACAUUCUUCUCGAAGUCACCCUCGAAAGCGAUCGAGGCAGUAAGGCCUACUGCUAGUGCCAGCGGUAGGACCGAACGGUAUCUACAUGAUGAGUCGCGCCCCAGCGCCAACGUGGUCGACGGAGAUGAGGAUGAAGACGAAGUAAACGUCAGGAAAAGGAAAGAGGAACUCCAUCGGAAGUUCGUUAAGAAGCUCGGUCAUCCCGAUAGUCUUAAGCGUCGAUGGCAGGUCGAGGCAGAGCCAGCUGCGGGCGAAGAAGAGGAAGGAGAUGGUGGUGAGGAUGCUGAAGAAGAAGACUCGCCCCGUCCAGCUAAGACUACUAAAAAGAAGGGAUCAAAGACGGGUAAAUUGACUCCUAUGGAAAUACAAUUCCUCGACAUCAAGAGGAAGCAUAUGGACACCAUCCUCAUCGUGGAAGUGGGCUACAAAUUUCGAUUCUUUGGAGAGGAUGCGCGUAUUGCUGCCAAAGAGCUUAGCAUUGUGUGCAUUCCAGGAAAGUUCCGCUACGAUGAGCAUCCUUCUGAAGCGCAUCUAGACCGCUUUGCAUCUGCCAGUAUUCCCGUUCACCGUCUUCCAGUGCAUGCGAAGCGCCUUGUAGCGGCUGGUCACAAAGUCGGUGUAGUACGACAAAUCGAGACCGCAGCACUGAAGAAAGCGGGAGACAACCGGAACGCCCCGUUCAUUCGAAAGCUCACAAAUGUCUACACGAAAGGCACCUAUGUUGACGAACUUGGCGAGUUAGAUCAAUCCACUGAUAACACUGGUGCUCCUGCUGGCGGGUAUCUUCUUUGCAUAACGGAGUCGCCAACAAAAGGGGUGGGCACGGAUGAGAAGGUUGAUGUCGGCAUCAUCGCGGUGCAGCCGGCAACGGGUGACAUCAUCUACGAUAAUUUUGAGGAUGGCUUCAUGAGGAGAGAAAUCGAGACAAGACUGCUGCAUAUCUCGCCUUGCGAGUUUCUCAUUGUCGGCGACUUGACAAAGGCUUCGGACAAGCUUCUCCAGCAUCUUUCCGGAAGCAGCACAAAUGUCUUCGGCGACAGAAGUCGGGUUGAACGAGUCCCCAAGAGCAAAACCAUGGCUGCAGAAGCGUAUUCGCACGUCACCCAGUUUUACGCUGGGAAGCUGAAAGAUAGUUUGGACGAUCGUGCCGCAGCUCUCCUUGAGAAAGUCCUUCAUCUUCCGGAGCCCGUGACGAUAUGCCUCUCUGCGAUGAUUAAGCACUUGACUGAGUAUGGUCUAGAACACAUAUUCAAUCUCACCAAAUACUUCCAGUCUUUCAGCACAAGAACACACAUGCUGAUCAAUGGCACAACACUGGAAAGCCUUGAGGUCUACCGAAACUCGACGGACCAUACAGAGAAAGGCAGUCUGCUCUGGGCGAUUGACAAGACACAAACUCGCUUUGGUCAGCGCCUUCUGAGAAAAUGGAUCGGGCGGCCACUUCUGGAUCGAGAGCGUCUCGAAGAGCGUGUGUCAGCUGUCGAAGAGCUGUUCGAAAAUCAGUCUACGGCCAAGGUGGACAAGCUCGAAAAGUUGCUCGUGAGCAUCAAAGCUGAUCUAGAACGGAGUUUGAUUCGCAUUUACUACGGCAAGUGUACCCGUCCCGAGCUGCUUGGCGUGCUCCAGACGCUCCAAAAGAUCUCGGUGGAGUAUGCGUCUGUGAAGAGCAAAGCAGAUACAGGAUAUACUUCUCCUCUACUGAGUGAAGCCAUCUGUUCCAUUCCACAAAUUGGCGAGACAGUCGUUUCCUAUCUGGAGAAGAUUAAUCCGGAGGCCGCACGGAAGGACGACAAGUAUGAGUUCUUCAGAGAGCUUGAGGAGACAGACGAUAUCACAAACCACAAACUAGGCAUUGCCGCUGUCGAGCAAGAUCUCGACGCCCACAGAGCUGUAGCAGCCUCCAAGCUGGGUAAGAAGUCACCAGUCUCCUACGCCACAGUUGCUGGAAUAGAGUUUCUCAUCGAAGUCCCAAACACCGACCUCAAGAAAGUGCCAGCCUCAUGGAUGAAAAUCAGUGGCACAAAGAAGUUGUCCAGGUUCCACACACCAGAAGUGGUCCGACUCAUCAAUGAGCGUGAUCAACACAAGGAAGCUCUCGCCGCUGCGUGUGAUACCGCCUUCAAAGAUCUUCUGAACUCCAUCGCAGCCGACUAUCAGCCUCUGCGUGAUGCCGUCGCCGCUCUCGCAACACUUGAUUGCCUCGUAUCUCUUUCGAAAGUUGCCGCCCUGCCCGGCUACAGUAAACCAACAAUUCUCCCGGAUACCGCGCCCCCCACCGUGUCCGUCACAGGCGGGCGACAUCCCAUCGCCGAACACACACUCCCAAACGGCUACAUCCCCUUCACCAGCACCCUCUCGUCCCCCUCUCCACUCGCCUACCUCAUCACGGGGCCCAACAUGGGCGGCAAGUCCUCCUUCGUGCGCGCCGCAGCGCUGCUCGUCCUCCUCGCCCAGAUCGGCUCCUUCGUCCCCGCCGACGCCAUGAGCCUGACGCUCGCGGACGCCAUCUACACGCGCAUGGGCGCGCGCGACAACCUCUUCGCGGGCGAGAGCACCUUCAUGGUCGAGGUCAGCGAGACGGCCUCCAUCCUGCGCUCCGCCACGCCGCGCAGCCUGGUCGUCCUCGACGAGCUCGGCCGCGGCACCAGCACGCACGACGGCGCCGCCAUCGCGCAGGCCGUGCUGGACCACGUCGUGCGCGAGACCAAGUGCCUGACGCUGUUCAUCACGCACUACCAGAGCCUGGCCAAGGUCGCCGAGGGGCUCGGCGAUGGCCUCGUGAAGAACGUGCACAUGCGGUUCACGGCUACAAAGCUGGCAGACGGCACCUCGGGACGGGACACCAGGUCUCCUACCGGGGAUCAUGACGAUACAGCUGUCGAUGCGGAUGAGGAGAUUACAUUCCUGUACGAAGUCGGCGAGGGCGUUGCUCACAGAUCUUACGGCUUGAAUGUCGCCAGACUGGCCCAGAUACCACGGAAGGUGCUAGAUGUUGCCGCGAAGAAGUCCAGUGAACUGGAGGAGGAGGUAAAGAUGCGGAGACUUCGUGGCGCGGCAGCAUUAAUGAGCGAUGUCCUUGAGCAUGGUACGGCUCAGCUUGACCAUUUGAUUUCAAGCAUCGAGCAAUUGUAA